GAUCUGUGACCCACGGGCAAGGGUUGCACAGAGGCACCACAGAGAGCCACCAGGAGAAAGCCACUGAGAGCCACUGCCACCGUCACCCAGGGGGAACUUUGUCCCCAGCAGUUCUGAGCACGUGGCAACGGGGACGUUGGUGCCAACCCAAUCCUUGGUGUCACCACCCGCCCUCGGUGCCACCCCGUCUCCCCAUGGCGUCCCUUUGGGCCGUGCUGGUGCUGCUGGCUCUGGCUUCGGCGCAGGAAUCGCUGCUCAACAUCUGCAUGGAUGCCCAGCAUCACAAAUCCGAGCCGGGUCCCGAAGGGCUGCUCUACGGGCAGUGCGUCCUAUGGAAGGACAACGCUUGCUGCACGGAGAACACCAGCGUGGAGGCGCAUCGGGACCAGUCCUACCUGUACGGCUUUAACUGGGAUCACUGCGGGGCCAUGGCGCAGCGCUGCAAGAGGCAUUUCAUCCAGGACACGUGUCUGUACGAGUGCUCCCCAAACCUGGGGCCAUGGAUCGACCAG